GAGGAGGGAGGAGGUGACUAGCGAGCGGCUGCGCUUCAGACUCAGCGAGAGGAUCAUGGCGGAUGGCCCCAGGUGUAAGCGCAGAAAACAGGCUAACCCGAAGAGGAGCAGCGUGACAGAAUUCAACGAUGGCGGAUUGGAGGCCAGUUCAGACUCUGAUGACGAGGACAAGCUGCACAUCGUGGAGGAGGAAGGCCAGCUGGAGACCGAGGCCCCCCCCGCUGAAGGGGCCAAAACGCACGGCGGCCAUGACUACGCCACAAAAGUAUUACCCCACAACGGCUCCCUGAACGGAGUGAAGGAGGAGUAUGUGUCCGAAGAGGAGGAGGACGACGAGGAGGAAGAGGAGGAGGAGGAGGAUGCUGAGAAGGACUCUCUAGUGGAUGAUAUCCUCCAGCAGGGAGACACCCCCGUCAUCUUUCCUGAAGCCCCCGAGGAUGAGCAGAGCCCGGCAGAGACAGGAGGCGCCGAUGAAAACGGCACCCCAGACUCCUUCUCCCAGUUGCACACUUGCCCCUACUGCUCGCGGGGCUACAAGCGCAACGCCUCGCUCAAGGAGCACAUCAAGUAUCGCCACGAGACCAGCGAGGACAACUACAGCUGCUCGCACUGCAGCUACACCUUCACCUACCGCUCGCAGCUGGAGAGGCACAUGAUCCACCACCGGGGCCCCAAGGAUCAGCGCCACGUUUCCCAGUCGACAGGUGGAACAGGAGGAACAGGUGGAACCCGCAAGUUCAAGUGUACCGAAUGUUCCAAGGCCUUCAAGUACAAGCACCACCUGAAGGAGCACCUGCGCAUUCACAGCGGUGAGAAACCUUAUGAAUGCUCCAACUGCAAGAAGCGAUUCUCCCACUCAGGCUCCUACAGCUCCCACAUCAGCAGUAAGAAGUGUGUAGGUGCAGCACCCCCCAAUGGCGUCGCUCGGACCUCGAUCAAAUCCCCCCCACCCACCACCCAGACAACACCCAUCGUAAUUGCUCCAGCGCGCAACAUUCUUAAAGAGAAGACUGAAAGCAAACCCCUCCAGGAGCAGCUGCCCAUCACCCAGAUCAAAUCUGAACCUGUGGAGUACGAGUGCAAGCCUGUGACGGCGGCAACGGCAACUUCAGUCGCUGCCAACGGGGGGGCCGGAGCAGCCGGCUCAGUUACUACCCUGCCCCCGGGGGUGGCUAUGGUCGUACCCACAGUCGGCCUCAUGUCGCCCAUCAGCAUCAAUCUGAACGACUUGCAGAAUGUGCUCAAAGUGGCGAUGGACGGGAACGUGCUCAGGCAGGUGCUGGGGACAGCUAACGGGCUGGUGACGCAGGGGAAGCAUGGAAUUGUACUCCAGCAGCCCCAGCAUCAGAUCAUCAGUCUGCCGGCCUUUGUGGAUCAUGACGGCACCACGAAGAUCAUCAUCAACUACAGCAUCAGCCCUGCAGCCGCCACCACUGCCACUACCCAGCCUGCAUCGCUUUUUGCCAAAACCAAUCCUGCUCUCCUUCCCACUAUCAUCACUGCUGCAGCCCCCACUCCCACCAGGACAGAUAGGCCUUCAACCCCAGAGGUGACCGACCUCUCCAUUGUUAAAAGAGAGCCAGAAUCAGUGGCCAUCACAGACAUGGAGACAGAGGCAGUCAAACAGACAGAAAUUACAUCAGCGAUCCGAUCAAAUCAAAGGCCAAAAGUCAGCAGCAUCAGUACAUGUUUACUCUGCGAUGACUGUCCCGACAACCUGGAGGCGUUACACCUCCUUCAGCACCGUAAAGCAGCCAAUGGAGAGGCUGUUGACUCGGCUGCUUUGGACCCCUCGUUCGCUGCUCUGCUGAGCGAGGCGGGGGUCACGCUUGAGGAGCCGCCUGUGGACGAUCUCCUCUCACUCCUCAAGACGUACUUCGCCUCUGAUGCCAACCCCAGCGACAAGGAGCUGACAAAGAUCUCAGAGUCUGUCCGUAUUCCCGUUGAUGUGGUCAGAAAGUGGUUUGUAAAGAUGAACUUUGGGAAAAAUGCGUGCAAAUAUGGAAAUAAAACCACAGCAGUUUCAACAAAGACACAAACCAUGAAUUCGAUCUCAGAGGACCAGAAUGGAGAGGCAGAGAACGACAGCUCCAAAGAAACAUCCAACCAAGCCUCAUCACAAUCUGGCAACUCUUCUCCAUCAGACUCUUCACCACUAAGCCUCAACACCGGGGACCUCGUCAUCGUUAAGAGCGAGCCAGAAGACCCAGAAGACCCAGAUGCCCCGGACUCCCAGGCCGAGCCGCUCGACCUCUCCCUCCCUAAACAUAUCGCAGCAUUAGAAACGAGCGGGACUCCUGUCAAGCUGCAGGAACAUCCUCUGAACCUGACCUGCCUGAGGAAGGAGCAGCUAGAGGGGCGGACCAUCUACAUCACCACGCCUCAGAGUGGAGGAUCUGUCAACGUCAUCACUGCCGCACAGCUGCCCACAUUAGUAGCCAUCGCCAGUCAGGGCACGAUGGGCUGUCUCAGCGCCAUCAACACCACCACAAAACGCACCAUCCUCAUCCCACAACUCACCUACACCUACGCCACUACGGCCGGCAACGCCACUGGAGCCAAGACUGUCGUGCUCAACGGCCAUAAGCUGGAAAAGAAAGUGGACAGCGGGUCGGACGGCGUCUCCACAGUGGAGGAGCAGAAUGACUCCGAUUCACUGAUGAAGAAGCGACGGCUGGAAAACGGCUUCUACCCAUGUGACCUUUGCUCCAAAGUCUUCCAGAAGGGCAGCUCCCUGCUCAGGCACAAAUAUGAACACACAGGAAAACGGCCCCAUGAGUGCAACAUCUGCGAGAAGGCCUUCAAACACAAACACCACCUGAUCGAACACUCGAGGCUGCACUCCGGGGAAAAACCCUAUCAGUGCGACAAGUGCGGGAAGCGUUUCUCUCACUCCGGAUCGUACUCCCAGCACAUGAACCACCGCUACUCCUACUGCAAGAAGGACGGUCCAGACACUGGCUCCGGCGCGGGGCCACGUAGUGUUCAGUCGGAGCUCGGCAGCCCCGGCACCGGACUGCAAUCGGACAGCCGGACCACGACCCCGCCCUCCCAACUGGACUCAGACGAGAGGGAGAGCGAGGAAGAGGAGGACGACGACGAUGAAGCCAUCUGUAUGGACGACAUCCGGGUCGUGCAGGUGGAUGACGGCGAGUGCGAGAUCUACGAGGGUAACUUUGACGAUACCGACGACGAGGAGGAGGAGGAGGAAGAGGGAGAGGAGAUUGUGGAGGGAGACAUGACAGAAGAGGAAGAGGCGGAAGGAGAGAAGACGGGCAAGGAGCUUGCGUGUGAUGUGAUGGAGAUCGAGGUCGGGGACCAUCACAUGGACGACGAAGAGAUGGAGGAAACAACCGAAGAAAAGGAGGAAGCAGCAAGUGAGGAUAUAGAGGAAAGUGCCGACUGUGAAGCAAAUACGGACAAAAGCGUCAGGGAGGGGUCAGAGAGCGCCGAACCCGCAGAUGAAGUGGUGACAGACGCCAAAUAAAGGAGAGAGAAAUGUCUUGGGGACAGCUCGAAUGCCUCGGUUACUGAAGUCGAGUUAUCUAAGACAAAACCGCAGAAAAAUCCACAAAGUCACGGCGGUUGCCUGAUCUUAACGGUCCACUACUGUGUACAAAAACCCAGGUGUGCCUGAACUUGAAAAAAGUAAAACAGUGACUUUUUUUUUCUUGUGGAAAUGAAAUAUCAGUGUUAAAAAUUGUUUAUAGAAGUACAGAUUUGAAACUCACCCAUCAACUUGUUAGACGUGUUGCUGAACAUCCCAGGUUGUUUUAUUGUUUGUUUGUUUUUCAUUUGGUCAGUGUUACUAAUCUUGUUUUUCUUUGAAAACAUUUUAACCUGUAAAGAUGAGAAAGAUUUCUAUACCUUUUUAUUGCCAAUGAAGUUUCCUAAAAUCAGUAUUUUAUUGAGUUCUACGAACAAAAACCUCUGCACUACAGUAUUCCUGGUUUACCUACGGAUACAUGCCUCAUGCAUUGUAUGCCCUUCAGUGUUAUAUACGUACACUAGCUAGCGAGAUGUUGUUUGUGUUAGUGUUAGUCUUUGCUAGCUAGCAUUACUUUUGUUUUCAGUUUGACUGUUAGCCUUAAGGAAAACAAAGUAUUAUUGGGGAGGGUUGUGGGCGGGAUGGGGAGUCUGGGAGCAGAAGGUGGCUUCCGUAUGCCAUAACCAAAUGUUUCCUAUCAGGGAAGGUGGAGUCACGACCUUAAAGCCAGCAUCAGGCGCUCAUGUUUAGCAACCCGGCGCAGCCUGAAAUGGGUGGAGUCUCCAGGUGAAGAUUGAAAGGCAGCCUCCACCUCGAUUGGCUCAGCUGUGGUUCCAAAAACACAUGCGCCCACUCUUACAGAGCUUCUCCUUAUUUCUGAGUCAGUGUUUCAGUGUUACUAGCUUAUAUAUGAAUUCAUACUGUAUGUGAAGGAACAGGGCUGUUCCCUGCUCCACCCCAAUGCCUCCAGCCUUAUGCAAGACCUGUGUGCUGUUAAAAGUGCCAUUGAACAGUGUUAUCAUUUUCUUUCCUCACACAUGUAGCCAGUAUUAUGUCCCUCUGUUACUUACACAAGACCCAUAUUGACUAAUGUUUGGCGACUUGCACAGAACAGCUGAUUUGUCACAAUUGCUAAAAUAUACUUCCUUGUGAAAUUAAUUGAAAUAUUUUAGGGACUUAAGGAGAAUUGUGGAUGACACAUGAAAACUUGGAAACAGUAUUAGGGUUUUAACUAACUUCAAGUGACAUUUAUAUUGGAUUUAUUAACACGUUAUUUUUCAUAAAGUUACAGAAAAUAGUUUAAAGAGCCCAAGAUGCAGUCUUCAGAUGUCUUGUUUUUGCCGGAAAGUAAUGUUAACAUUUAAAUAUAUUAACUUUACAGUUAUAUAAAACGACAAAAGCAGCAAAUCAUCACAUAGGACAAGCUGGAUAUCAAUCGAUGAGUUUACUAAAAUCUUAUAAUAUGUGGAAAAGUUUGAGAAAUACAGUCCAGACUGAGCUAACCUGUGGAUAUAAAAUACCUUGUAAAUUUGAUAUAAUCAGUUGAUGUUUAAAGCUUUUUUUUUAAAGAAUAUGUUAGACUUAUGUCACAAGUCAGUUUAAAUAUGUUUACAUAAAUAUACAAAACCAUUAGUGAUUAAAAUGAAGGAUUUUUAAAUUCAGCCAAACGUGUGCACUUGUUAAAAUAAGAAGGAAGAGUUAUGGCAAGCUGUCCCGCACUUCAGGUAACAAACGUUAGUGAAUGUGGCCUAUGACAAAAAGUGUUUUCAGUUGCUUUUACCGAACAGUGUUUAUAAUAUGUGUCUGUUUUAAUUUCUUUGUUUUUUCAUGUAUGUUUUUAUUUUUUUUUCAACAAUGGCAGUAUUAGAACCCUUUUCACAGAUAAAAAAAAAUGUACCCGUUUAGUUUUUAGAAAACCUUUUAUAUUUAUGUGUCUUAUUUUUAUAUUUUCUUUUAUGGUUAUUUAUUACACAUUGUAGUGUACAUUACUGUAGUUUGAAUUGAUACAAUAAUAUAUUUUAGUAUGAAAAACAAUCUCAAGACAAACAAAAAAAAAAAGCCCACAAUGUGGUUCUGGGAGCUGAAGUUUGUUCUAACAAAAAACAAAAAAACAUGAGAAAACUUGUAUUCUGUAAACAUGACUUCUGUUUUAAGCUUAAGAAAAAAGACAGGAAUGAAAUGAGAAAUAGAAACUGUUGUGCAUCCGCGCUUUGCGUCGUUCUGAAGCUACUGAAUUCUGAACUCUGUGAUUUUAAAAGCAUGAGUAGUUGCCGUUUUAAUGAAGGAUCUUGUUAUGAAGCCUCCCUUUUUAUUUCGAAAGCCAAAUUAAGAUUGUCCCGCCACAAUGUUUUUCUGUUCUGUGCCAACUUGUUCCAUUGUACUGUCGAAGGCUGCAUACCGUUUGUUCUCACCCUUUGUAAAUCCACUGUCUUUUUUGUAUUGUUUAUAUUUUAGUUUUGCUCCAUUUUUAUGACUCCCCAUCACAAUAAAAUAUAAGAAAGUA